AUGUUACUCCUACUUUCACGACUACCACUGAAUCCAUCUCUUCUUCUUCCCUUUUGCUUCUUCAUCAUAUGUCUCUUCAGCUUCUUUCUCGUGACCCCCACCCUGGCUUUCAUUGGAGAGGUUGCUCUUUCUAAGCUUUUGGAUGUGUUGCUUGGCAAGUCCAUCGAUGUUGCUCUCAAAUGUGUCGCUGAUCACAAGCAAGUGUACGACCAGCUCAAGGAGUGGAAAUCCAUAUUGCCCGAUAUCAAAGCAGUGUUGAACCACGCUGAGGAGAAGCAGAUCAAGGACGAGGGUGUGAAGAGUUGGUUGGAAGAUCUCCAAGACUUGGCUUACGAUGCUGAUGACAUCCUGGACGAGUUUGCUUAUAAACAGUUACGUCUCAAGCUCCAGACAACUCAGGCUCAGGCCAGCACUAGUAAGGUACAGAAACUCCUUCCUACCUGCUGUACCGGUAGUGAUUUCACUCCGUCGUCAUUUCUGUUUAAAAAUGCCAUGAUUCCCAAGAUGAAGGAGAUCACUGCUAGACUCAACAGUCUGGCUACACGAAGAAGUAGUUUGGGGUUGAGUGAGAUCUUGCCUCAAGCUGCAAGCUUCGAGAGAAAGAAACCAGCCAGGCUGCAACCUACUUCGCUGGUGGAUGGAGCUGUGGAGUAUGUUGGUAGAGACAACGAGAAGCGAGAAAUGAUUGAUUUGUUCAGAACUAAUAACUCCGAUGGAGUUUGCGUCCUUUCCAUGGCCUGGGUAUGUAUUUCCGAUGACUUUGAUGCUGUCAAAAUGACCAAUACUAUUUUACAGUCCAUCGAUCCUUCCUCACCUAAUGGGAAUGACUUGAAUUUACUUCAAGUCAAGUUGAAGGAAAAAUUAUCUGAAAAAAGAGUCUUACUUGUGUUAGAUGACCUUUGGAAUGAGAGUUACGAUUAUUGGACCAUCUUUCGGUCGCCCUUUGGAGCAAUGACCAAAAUCAUUCAUGCAUUAAGAGCAAGAAAUUUCAAUGGACAUCUCCAAUUUAAACUAGUUGGAGAGAACAUUGUGAGGAGGUGCAACGGCUUACCUUUAGCAGCAAAAGCCAUUGGAAGCUUCUUACGCACAACCAAGAAUCUUGAUGAAUGGGAAAGAAUUUAUGAGAGCGAGAUAUGGGACUUAGUUGCAGGAGAUACAUGCUGCAAACUAGAAGGCAAUAAGCAGCAGAUGGUUUCACAUCGUUCUCGCCAUUCGUCUUAUAUUUCCAACAACUAUGACACGAUGAGGAAGUUUGAAGCAUUUGAUCAAGCAAAUUCUUUGCGUACUUUUCUAUGGCUACCCUCGAAGAUGGAAAAUCUUGUUAACUUGCAUUAUCUUGAUAUCAGAGGUGCGGGCUCAAUAGAAAGGAUGCCUUUAGGAAUCGGUAAUCUAGCCAAUUUUCAAAGAUUAUCCGAUUUUGUUAUAGGUGACGGUGAUGCGCAUCGUAGUGGAGAGUUGAAUAAAUUAUCAAACAUCAGAGGUGAUUUUUGUCUUUCGAGGUUAGAGAAUGUUAAUGGUCAAGAUGCAAGGGAAGCCAGGUUGAAAUCAGGAAUCACUAAGUUGGUUCUAAAAUGGGGUGAAGACUUUGAGAAACCAACAAGGAAGAAUGAAGUUGAAGAACAAGUCUUGGACUCCCUUAUUCCUCCGAAAAAGCUUGAGCAACUCAUGAUUGAGAAUUUUGGUGGCGCAAAAUUCUCCACUUGGAUAGCAGAUUCUUCCUUGAGGAAUUUGUCGUCUUUGGAGCUACGCAAUUGUAAACACUGCAAAUCUCUACCACCGAUUGGAAGGUUGCCAUCGUCAAAAGUUCUUUCAAUCGGUGGUUUGGAUGAGGUGAGCAAGAUUGGUACUGAGUUCUUUGGAGAAAAUCAAUCAAUUGCAUUUGCAUCUUUAGAGAGACUGUCUUUUUGGAGUCUACCGAAGUGGGGGGAGUUGGAUGCUUGUGAAGGUGAUGAACAAGUUUCCAUGUUUCCUAGCUUUGGUAGUCUUUCAAUCAGACACUGUCCUCAAUUGGUGGGAAGGUUGCCAACUUGUCUUCAAUCCUUACAGAGUCUUUUUAUCUCCGAGUGCAGGAGAUUGGUUGCUUCAAUUUCAAGUUUUCCAUCGCUGCGUGAAUUAAGCAUCAAAGGGUGUGAAGAAUUGGUGGAUGAAUGCUCAUCUUCUUCACCUGUGGAGGAGGUGUUGAAGACUGUUUUCAAAAGAUCGUUUCAAGAAAAGCAACGAAGAAAUUCAACUGAUCUGCUUUUGAGACAGAAUGAGGUAUGGGCGAUCUAUGAUGCACACAGACAUGCAUGGAGGUUGGAAAUCAAGAAGUUAAUACUGGAAACGGACUGCUUGGAUGUAGCGAGAUUGAUUAUCGAUAAUGUAAGAACACUGCAAGGAAACUCGAUAGUGGAAGCUGUUCGAAGACUACUGCAGCAGGAUUGGGAGGUAAAGGUUCAACAUGUGGGAAGAGAUCAAAAUAAAGUAGCGGAAAGCUUAGCAAGAGCCAGCCGUGGUGAACCGAUUGGGGAGACGGGAAUUGAGUCACCUCGGAACUUUAUUCUGGACCAGCUCCAAGAGGACAUAACAGGCCAUGUUUAG